GACGGUUGGUACAUCCUAAACGUCAAAUCGUUAAGCUGUGUUGUAAAAGCAGCAACUGCAAUGACAAUUCACAAUUUAUAUAUUUUUUCCAAAAAUGGCACUCUUUUAUACUAUACGGAGUGGAAUCGGCUUAAUAAAUCAGGAAUGACAAAAGAUGAGGAAGCAAAAUUGAUGUAUGGUAUGCUGUUUUCUAUUAAAUCGUUCGUCAGUAAAAUUUCACCGCUUGAUUCAAAGGAAGGUUUCUUGUACUAUAAAACAAGUAAAUACACUCUUCACUAUUUUGAAGCUCCAUCUGGUUUAAAGUUCAUAUUGAAUACAGAUAAUGCAGCUCAGAAUGUUAGAGAACUGUUGCAAAAGUUGUACAGCCAAGUAUACAUUGAAUACGUUGUGAAAAAUCCACUCUGUCUACCAAAUGAACCAAUACAAAGUGAAUUAUUUAAAAUGAAGACAGAUGAACUCAUCAAAAAGUCUCCUACAUUUUUGAGAACUAUAUAGAAGUGUUUACUAGA